CCAGUGAAGCGGUGGAUGGUGGGAGGCAAGAUGGCGGCGACAGCUAGUAUUCGAGAGAGGCAGACAGUUGCUUUGAAGCGUAUGUUGAAUUUCAAUGUUCCUCAUGUUAAAAACAGCACAGGAGAACCAGUAUGGAAGGUUCUCAUUUAUGACAGAUUUGGCCAAGAUAUAAUCUCUCCUCUGCUAUCUGUGAAAGAACUGAGAGAUAUGGGAAUCACUCUGCAUCUGCUUUUGCACUCUGAUCGAGAUCCUAUUCCAGAUGUUCCUGCAGUAUACUUUGUAAUGCCAUCUGAAGAAAAUAUUGAUAGGAUGUGCCAGGAUCUUCGUAAUCAGCUGUAUGAAUCAUAUUAUUUAAAUUUUAUUUCUGCUAUUUCAAGAAGUAAGUUGGAAGAUAUUGCAAAUGCAGCAUUGGCCGCUAGUGCAGUGACACAAGUAGCCAAGGUUUUUGAUCAGUAUCUCAACUUUAUUACUUUGGAGGAUGAUAUGUUUGUAUUAUGUAAUCAAAAUAAGGAACUUGUUUCUUAUCGUGCUAUUAAUAGACCAGAUAUCACAGACACAGAAAUGGAAACAGUUAUGGACACUAUUGUUGACAGCCUGUUCUGCUUUUUCGUUACACUAGGUGCUGUUCCUAUCAUCAGAUGUUCAAAAGGAACAGCAGCAGAAAUGGUGGCAGUGAAACUAGAUAAGAAACUUCGGGAAAAUCUGAGGGAUGCAAGAAAUAGUCUUUUUACAGGUGACACACUGGGAGCUGGCCAGUUCAGCUUCCAGAGGCCUUUAUUAGUCCUCGUUGACAGAAACAUUGAUUUGGCGACUCCUUUGCACCACACAUGGACGUAUCAGGCACUGGUGCAUGAUGUGCUGGAUUUCCACUUAAACAGAGUAAAUUUGGAAGAAUCUUCAGGAGUGGAAAACUGUCCAGCUGGUGCUAGACCAAAGAGAAAAAACAAGAAGUCUUAUGAUUUAACCCCAGUUGAUAAAUUUUGGCGAAAACAUAAAGGAAGUCCAUUCCCAGAAGUUGCAGAAUCAGUUCAGCAAGAGCUAGAAGAUUACAGAGCACAAGAAGAUGAGGUCAAACGACUUAAAAGCAUAAUGGGGCUAGAAGGGGAAGAUGAAGGAGCCAUAAGUAUGCUUUCUGACAACACUGCCAAGUUAACAUCAGCUGUGAGUUCUUUGCCAGAACUUCUUGAAAAAAAAAGACUUAUUGAUCUACACACAAAUGUUGCCACUGCUGUUUUGGAACAUAUAAAGGCAAGGAAGCUGGAUGUAUAUUUUGAAUAUGAAGAAAAGAUAAUGAGCAAAACUACUCUGGAUAAAUCUCUUCUAGACAUAAUAUCAGACCCUGAUGCAGGAACUCCGGAAGACAAAAUGAGGCUGUUUCUUAUCUAUUACAUAAGCACACAGCAAGCACCUUCUGAGGCUGAUUUGGAGCAAUAUAAAAAAGCUUUAACAGAUGCAGGAUGCAACCUUAAUCCUUUACAAUAUAUCAAACAAUGGAACCUCUUGUCACGAGUCAUGAAUACAGGAUCACAGUUUGUGAUGGAGGGAGUGAAGAACCUUGUAUUGAAACAGCAAAAUCUUCCUGUUACCCGUAUUUUAGACAAUCUCAUGGAGAUGAAGUCAAAUCCUGAAACUGAUGACUAUCGAUAUUUUGAUCCCAAAAUGCUGAGGGGCAAUGACAGCUCAAUUCCUAGAAACAAAAAUCCAUUCCAAGAGGCGAUUGUUUUUGUGGUGGGAGGAGGCAACUAUAUUGAGUACCAAAACCUUGUUGACUACAUAAAGGGGAAGCAAGGCAAGCACAUUUUGUAUGGCUGCAGUGAGCUUUUCAAUGCUACGCAAUUCAUGAGACAGCUGUCACAACUUGGACAGAAAUAACACAGAAGAACCUAAAUAUGAGAAUCUGCUUGGAACUUGGAUAAAUGUAAAAAGUCAAAAGAGCCAGAUAUUUCCCUCUCCAUAACAAUGUUCUGAUACUGAAACUAAGAUUUAUUCAUUUUUAAGGAAAUUCUAUACUUAAUAUAAUGUAUACUAAUCAAAAGAAUAAAGCAUUUCAG